AUGGGUUUAUCUUAUGGCGGAGCCGUAGCAAUCUUGGUCGGAUUUGUACUCAAUGAUUUGAUCAGAGCAAUUACAUGUACUCCUUUUCUUAGUCUCUCCCGUCUAUUUGAUCAGGCAAAAACGGUCGUCGGUACAACCAAGAUUCCGAUGAAUGAUAUAUUUCCGGCAAUGAAGUUUGUGGAGGUGUCACGGCAAGAUCCGCCGAUAAGCUGCCAAAUAUGCCAAGAAAAGUUCGACGGCGAUGACCAAGUCCGAUGUUUGAGAAACUGCGUUCAUGUUUUCCACCAGACGUGCCUUGACGUUUGGAUUCAAUAUGAUAAGAUUACGUGUCCUUUGUGCAGGACACCGAUCGUCCCUGAUUUCUAUUUUUUACGACUCUAA